CAUGAUCGGCAAGCGCGCACAGGCCAUCAUCACGCUUUGCCGCCGUGGCUGUCCGAUUUGACGCGAGUGUACAGAGCUGUUUAGUCAGCCAUUACUAUUGUGUACUCUCCCCCUCCCCUCUGCGUGCAUAAGAAAGAGGUCGCCCGAGGACGAGUCGUCUCAGGGACGCCAUUCGUCUAUCCAAGAACCAGAGCACUCCACCACUGCCCCAUCUCUGCUUCUGGAGGGAGCGGUUCGCCGGACCGGCGGCCGACGACGAGAUGUCUAGCCGUCCACGUUGUAGCCAGGUUUAUGAGUCUAGGAAGAAAGGCCUUUACCCAAGAAGCGCAGUAGACAGUUCUUUCGCUCCAAAGGAUGUGUACGAGGUGGCUGCUCUUUUUAGUGAUGCACAGAGAGAUGCAGUAGGCGAGAUUGGCCUCGUGGGGAUGCUAGAAGUAGCCAACAUAACUCAUGUGGAUCGGGAGUACUGCUGGAGUUUAUUCCUAGAUGUAGACCUUAAGCGUGGUGCGCUCAAGAUAGAUGAUGAUGUUUAUGUCACAUUCAACGAGGUUGACAUCCACAACAUCUUAGGGAUUGCACUAGGUGGAGACAUAUUAAUAGAAAAAAGAAAUGUUCCGCCUUCACCAGCACAGGUAACGCAGAUCAGAGAGUACCUAGGGUUGUGCCCGUCGAGCUUUUACGUAACCAUAGGCGACAUUAGGUGGGCUUUGAAGAAGCCAUGCCAAAACCCAUUCUCUGAAGCCGAUAAGAUCAGGACCCAGGUUGGUUUUGCAAUGCUUUGCAUGGCAAGUUGUUUCAGUCCUAGGGAGAAUAGGCAAACUGUCCCAACGGAGGCGUAUGCUAUUUGCAUGGACCCGGCUAACCUGCACAGGGUGAACUGGGGUAGAUACGUGCAUUCUGAGCUCAUCGGCGGAGCCGAGAAGGUACAUGAAAUACACAGGGAAGGGAAGAGGCCGCAGCUGUACGGGUGCCCACUAGUGUUGCAGGCAUUGCGUUUCGACUCUGUCGACACUGGUACAGCUGUCAAGCCUGAACCGCUUGUGCGUCCCAGAAUAAAGUUCUACACUGCCUUUAUUUUGUCAAGACUGAUACACAAAGAUACCGUCGUUGGUAGCGUUCCGAAGAGAUACGGUGUGAUGAAGGCCAGGCGUAUGGCAGACCAAAGCUUGCCAUGGAACGGCCAAAAUCUUAGGAGCAAAAUCCAGGAGGCCAAGGCUUUCAUAGAUAGAUCGCUGAAAGAGCACGCACUGGCUAGUGCUGAGCGCAAUACCUUGUUCUUUCGUAAGUUAAGUGCACUUAACGACGGAACAAUCGCCUGCAUGAACGAAAACAUGCACAGAGAGAUUGAAAAGCACCUUGCUUGCUUGUAGCGGGGCAGGUAGCGCGUGCGCUCUGGCGCGCGGGAUCAGAAAACCAUGGCGUUGAGACUUUGACAAAUCAAAGCAGACAGUCUUUAUUAUAUAUUACACUGCCCUAAAACGGUUUUGGUUGACCAUUACAAGCAUUACAGUACAUAGAUAAUUGUUUUACACUCCAUG